AAGUGAGACGUUUUAGUUUAUGUUGGUGCGCGCCUGUGAAUUUAGUUAAUUUAUCCCAUUAAUAUCACGAUUUAAUGCAUUUGAGUUAUUAAGAACGCGAAUGUAGAUGUGUAUGUGUGGUUUGAAUACAAUGUGAACGUCCCCCUGGCGAGUGUCAGCCCACAAUUAGGUUCUCACGGAUCGAAACCGCAAACGAAGCAAGAGAGAAGCAGCAACAGGCCAAAAAUAUUGCAGCCUAGAGCCUAUCUCUCGGUCUUAAUUAGCAAAUAGCCAACAGUGCAAGUGCCACAGCAACAGGCCAGCCAGGCAGUGUGUGUGUGUGUUGGGUGUUGGUUGGUGCCUUCGUGUGUGUUUAAUAAUGCGCGCCACAAUCGAGUUUGAGGAAUGUCUAAAGGAUUCGCCGAGAUUCAGACAAUUUGUGUCGAAGGAGGAGAGCGAUAUUGAGCACUUGGAGCAGCGGCUGGAGAAAAUCAUCAAGCUGUGCAAUGUGGCCGUCGACUCGGGCAAGGAGUAUGUCAAGAACCAGAGCGCCUUUGCCAUGUCCUUGUGGGAUCUGCAGCAGCAUUUUCUCGACAACAAAAACGCCCACAAUGCGCUGGGAAAGCUGAUUCAUUGUUUCCAGGAAAUGAACAAGUUCCAUACGAUUCUGUUGGAUCAGGCCAGUCGCACGGUGCUCAAAAAUCUCACUGUAUUCGUAAAGGACGACAUCAAUCAGGUAAAGGACUACAAGGGACACUUUCUCAAGGUGUCCGAGGGCUAUGACAAUGCAUUGAUAAAGAACGCGCAGGCCAGUAAAAAUCGCCCGCAGGAAGUGCAAGAGGCAGCUAAUAUCCUUUCCGCCUCAAAGUCCUGCUUCCAGCAUACCGCCUUGGAUUAUGUCAACUACAUAACACUCGCGCAGUCUCGCAAAGUCCCAUCCAUACUGUCCACGCUGCUGGACUACUAUCAGGCGUGCGUGACCUACUACCAUCAGGGCUUUGACUUGUGCAACGAUUUCGACGAGUUCUUCAAGAACAUCAGCGAGGAUUUGAAUGCCCUGCGUGGCGAUUACCAGCAGCUGGAGAAGGUCAUGCAGAACCGACACAUGAGCGUUAAUCGCUAUUGCGAUUCGAACACGAAUAGUGCCUCGAACAAAAUCGAGGGAUAUUUGUUUAAGAAAAAAUCAAAGGGCUUCAAGACCUGGUGCAGGCGUUGGUUCUACCUGAGCGACAACCAGUUGGUCUACAGUGAUUUGGAUUCGCAUUGCAGAAAACGCAGCAACGAGGACUCGUUUUCGGUCAUGGAGGAGGACCUGCGCAUCUGCAGUGUGCGGCCGGUGAACGAGGGCGAUCGCCGCUUCUGUUUUGAAGUAAUUUCGCCAACCAAAUCUCACAUUCUCCAGGCUGACUCAGCCGAUAUGCUUUCCCUGUGGAUUUCCGCACUGCAGCACAGUAUUGGGGCAGCUAUUCAGCAUGACGCCACGCACAACUCGCGGCCACAGUCAACGAGCAUGCCCAAUGCGCUGCCAGCAAAGCGGAGAAUCCACUGGGAGGAGUUCUUGAAGAUACCAGGCAAUGGACUAUGUUGUGACUGUCACAGCCAGGAUCCGCGCUGGGCCUCCAUCAAUCUGGGCAUUACGCUGUGCAUCGAGUGCUCUGGUGUCCAUCGCAGCCUCGGCGUCCACUACAGCAAGGUCCGCUCUCUGACUCUGGAUGCCUGGGAGACGGAGAAUGUCAAGGUCAUGAUGGAGCUCGGCAACGAGGUGGUUAAUCGCAUAUAUGAGGCGCGAGUGGGCGAUGACUGUGAGCUCAAGCGUCCCACGGAGCAGUGUGAGAUUGGAGUGCGCGAGGCUUGGAUAAAGGCAAAGUAUGUGGAGCGACGGUUUGUGUGCGCCAUGCCCAAGCCACAGGAGCUGCUGGCCAGUGAAACUGCCGAGGUACUGAGCAUAGACAGCGGCGGUGUGGCGGACGAAGGUGGCAGCGGUGGUGGCAGCAACAUUCUUGUCAAACAUGCCACGCUGCCGUUGGGCGGAACACGAAAGUGGGCUGUCAAGAAGCUGCGCAGGAGGCGCCAGCAGCGUUCUCUGCCAAAAACAUUGAGCGACGAUCCGAGCAUCUAUAAUACGGCCAAAACUGGUGACGAGCUGGACGAAGAUGAUGAUGAUGAAUCGAUCAACAUUCCAUCAAUGUCAUUGAGCAUCUCGCGCGACGAUUUGUUGGUCAUUGGUGACGACCUAGGCCUCGAAAGCUAUGAGACGCCCUGCAUCUUGGGCAGCGAUCAGGAGAGCACCGAAGGAGAGUCCGAUCCGGAGCUACCGGAGGAGGUGCCCUUCACACAGCUGGACGCGAAUCAGUUGCUCUACAAGGCAUCUGUUGUGCACAAUCUCCCGGUAAUGUGCAUGGCCUUUGCCCUGGGCGCCGAUAAGACAUGGAAGAAUCCCCAGGAUCGUCAGCGCUCAUUUCUACAUCAGGCCGUGAUCUCCGGCUCUGUGAUGGCCUGCGAGUAUCUGCUGCUGAACGGAGCAGCCAUCGAUGCGGUCGAUGAGCUUGGCUACAGUGCCCUUCACAUAUCCACGGCUAAGGGGCACAUCGCCCAGGUGUAUCUGCUGUUAAAAAACAAGGCCGCCUACGACCUGGCCUCAAGUGACGGCAAAAAGGCACUGGACAUAGCCGUGGAUCAGAAAAAUGCCGACAUUGUGACCCUUCUUCGUCUGACGCGACUUAACGAUGAGAUUGGCCUGAACGACGAAUACAAUGGGGAGGAUGAGACGUACAAGGAUGUGAUGAAGGACUUCUCGAACUUUGCCGCCAGUCAGCCGCGCAUGCUGCGUCAGCGCAACGACUCAAACACACUGGAAUCGCAGCGCAGCUCUCUGACCAACUCCGACUAGCAGAGGGCUAGUACGGGUGCUAGUACACCGACGCCGACGCGUCUAAAAAGUUGAAAACUUACUCGUUAUUAUGGAUAUUGUAUGGAUUAAUUAGUUAGGGCGAAUAUUGGAUUGUUAUUGGCUUUAUAGAGCGCAUUACGCAUACCAACUGUUAAACGGUUUCGAUGUCUUCUCAAUUGUCAGCAAGUCAAUGGAUGUCGUUUUCUGUAGGCUAUCUCACACUCGAAAGUCGCUUCCAAUUAAAAGUACGAUGACACACUUUCAA